AAGGGAGCGCAGAGGCAAGAGUCUGGGCGCGCGUGCAGAGGAAUCGCAUUCCUCGGAGGACUGCGUCGGCGGAAAGGUGGUGGCGCACUAGACACUGGUCCCCUCUCUCUACCUCCCGCCUCACCCAGUGCCCCGCCACCCGCCCCCCGAUCGUCCAUUCGUAGGAGGACAAGGUAGUAGGGACUAGGGGCAGAAGGUGCUCGGUUCGCGGCAGUCGGUCUCUGACGAGCGCGCGGUCCACGGGCUCUCGAACGAGGAGGAUCGUCCACGAGGAAGAGGCGGCCCCCGAGAGAGGAGGAGAGCGCUGGUAGGCCUGGCGGCGGUGCGACUGCCCUACGAGAUUCCUCGCAUUCCAGAGACCGAAGAGAGGAGGACGGGCGCGAGCGAGCGAAAAGGAAGGAGACUAUGUCCCAGGUCGGCCAACCUAAGCCUCGCUGCGAGGCCGAGCGAACCUUGCGGCCGACGAUAAGCCAUCAGGCCAUAUGCGUGGAAUGCGCGAGAAGAGGCAGCAGCAGCAUCAGCAACGGUGGUGGAAACAGCGGCGGCGGCGGUGGCAGCAUCAACAACAGCAUCGACAUCGGCAUCGACAUAGGCAUCGUCAUGGGCUCGGCUUGCGAGUAAGGCGGUAGUGUCCAAAUGGGUAACGGAGGCCCAUUAUUAUGGCCGAGCACCAGCAUCAGCAUCAGCACGAAUUCCUGCCGCUGUGCGACGUCCUCUUCAACAUAAUCUCCCUGGCCUCGUACUUUUGCGACGUCGUGUUCGACCUCGCCAUGACCUACGCGCUCGCCUAUCACCCUGCAACGCCGUCUGCGCUCUUCCCCCUGAGCGCCGUCCUCGUCGUUACGUCGCUCCUCGUGUCGCAGAUAGUAAGCAUCAAGUGGUAUUUCUGGGGGGCGAGAGGCAAGUUACAAAAUAAUAGUAACUCAGGCUGUGAUAUAAAUGGGGAAAAGAAGACUGCCAAUUGGACGUUAGCAUGCGUACUCUUACUUCACACGACGCAAAUCGGAGUCUUAUGGCGAUAUUUCAAGCUGUUCAUUCCCGUUGAUCUGACUUAUGUGAAGCACGAAGUGCGUGAGCUAUGCGUGCUAAGGUUGAUUCACGCAUUUUGCGAGGCAGCGCCAAUGCUGUUGCUCCAGGUGUACCUACUUGCUAUCGGUCUGGGCGGAAGCGUCGGGAUUCCGAGCGAGCUGGAGCUAGAGGGCUCGGUACGCCCGACGAAGUCCGGCGAUACGAAACUGGCGGAGCUAACGGCUGUCUCCGCGGGCCUCUCCCUCUGGAGCGUCUGUUGGGCAGUGGCCUCGUUUAGUAAAGGCGCCGCAAGGCUAAGGAACCUCGAGCGACUCGUACUUACUUGGCUCGGUGUGCUGGCCCAGCUGGCCUGGAGGCUCGGCACCGUGAGCGCGAGGGUCGGUGCCCUCGUCGCCUAUGCAUCGGUCUACGGGGGCCAGUGGCUCCUCGUCGUCAUGGCCUUGCACUGGCUAUCGAUGCUCACCUGGCUGCUACUCACUCCGGACGGGCUCUUCCACGGGGGCGAGAAGUUGCCGCUCGUUAGGAAGGUCUUUAUCGCCUCGCUGCUCGCCUUCAUCUACGUCUUCUCCUACGUCAAUCUUCACGAGACGAAUCAUCGACAAAAGAUGGUUAUUUUCUACUCUGUUAUGUUCCUUGAGAAUAGUUUACUUAUGGGAGUAUGGGCUGUUGGUGUUAGCGGCAGCGACAUACAUCACCACACUCGUCCAGUUACUUUAAUUCUCAUACUUUUAGCACUGUUCUUUGGUGGCUUAUUUUUUAUGGGGCUCUAUUACAGAUUUUUUCAUGUGAGGCGGUUGCGAUAUGAAGCUGGUGGUAGAAUGAAUGGAACCAACGAAAUAACCACGUUGUCUCAUCAGAAUGCUUUUCAAGAAAAGCAAACUAAUGGCCUGGACAACAAACAUCAUGCAAUAGGUAUGCGAAAGGUGAAAUUGAAUAAUGGCGGUAUACCCGGUGUAUUCAAUUGCCGUUUCGCUAAUCCAGCUGUGACUAAUCAUAAUCGUAAGAAAAAGAAACCAACGACUUUUGUACCACCCCCUACGCAGCCACAAGCCAAUAUCAUACCAAUGACAACAUUAGGGGAUACAAACAAAUGGUCAAAUGGAAAUGUGAAUGGGCCGCAACUCAUUCCAUUUUGGAAAAGGCCAUUGUCAAUAUCGAGUUUAAAUAACGAAGAUGAGAUGACGCGAGAGAAAAACGAGUCUGACUUGACAAUUGGUGGCUCGCUAAGCGUGAACCUCAUUCACGAGAAGCUCCGCGAGAAGAAGCAGCAGCAGCUUCGCGAGCUACGAGCCAUCCAGGAGGAAAUCAAGGAGGGUAAGCUGGUGCCACCGCCCUCGGCAUCCACCUCCUCGUUCUCGUCGAAUCCAUCGGUGUCGAACCAGCAGCCACCGCCGAAUACGAAGCUUCACACCUCGCCGACGUCGCCGCUCUCCGCCUCCUCGAAUCCGUCGAUGCCCGGUCAGAAUGGCAGUACGAUAACAGCGUGGCCACCGGUUAAAAUGCACUGCCUCCUACCGCCUCCGCCGUCCUCUCCGUAUUACCAGUCGACACAUCCUACCAGUCCAUGGAAGAGGUCCCCGAAGAAGGUGGUUGAUACGCCCGAGAUUCUGUUGGCGCCGAGGUGCCUGCCCUAUGAUUAUCCGCACUGGAGUCCGCCAAUGCUCGCGAAUCACAGGUUGUGCAUCAAUCAGAAUGGUUUGGACGAGACGUCGAAAGACGAGAGUCACGGAGGCGAGGACAUGAGUGACAUCGAAGGCAGUCAAUUGUCGUUGCCGCGAAGCUACACGUUACCGCGAGAAUUCAAAUAUCAUAAUAAAAAUAACGAUCGACGAGAGAGAGGCUCGAGGUUCAUAAGUUCGCGCUUUUAUCUGCCGUCCACCAACAGCUCCGAUGGUGACGUGGACAGCGCCGACAACGAGGAGGAGACGGACUCGGAGCUCCAAAUACGCGCCAAGCCCGAGGGCAGUCAGGGCUGGCGGAAGCCCUAUGAGUUGGGCGAAGACCUCCAGACGUCGCUCUCCUGCGGCGUCCUACGCCCCAGUCACCCCGUUCGCACCAAGGUCAAGCACGAGACGAAGCUUUAAGGGCGAUCGCGCCCCUAUUGAAAUCUCUGACAAACAGUAUUUAGGUUAGACAGCAGCUUUAACGAAUGCGAGCUCCCCCGAGGAGUCGAUGUGGGGAUCCGAUGCAUCGCCGCGCGUCGGUGGUUUCGUUUCCCGAGUUCGUCACUCGACGACGGCCCCGUACUUCUACAAAGUACGCCCCUCUCUAUUUUGUACAUUCGCGCGGCUCGUACUCUUGUAUACUCAUAUCCUCUUGUACUUUUGUACCACUUUCUGUAAAUAUAUUUAACGCAACAAUA